AUGACUGGAAGUGAUAAGUUAAGAAUAGAAACAUAUUUUACCAUACUGGACCGAGUGAAGAGUGAACUUGAAAAAAGAUGCGCUGCUUAUAUUAAUACAUUUGACAAAUAUGACUUUUUGACUAAUUUAAUACUACUUUCAUCAGAAGAAAUAACUCAAAAAGCUAACAAGCUUCAAGAAUUUUAUAACGAUGAUUUAGAAAAAUCAUUCGCUUGUGAAUGUGUUCAUUUUCGAGCAUAUCUUCAAAGUUUAAAUAAAAAUAUUGAUGGAGUUAUCGAAUUAUCAUUACACUUACGCGGUAAUAAUUUAGAUACAGUUUUUCCUAACGUAGAUAUUGCUUUACGUAUGCUUUUAUGUAUGGCAAUAACUAACUGUUCAGCCGAGAGGUCUUUUUCCACAUUAAAACGUGUAAAAAAUUAUUUGAGAGCAAGUAUGGAAGGGAAUAAAUUAAAUUCGUUGAGUUUAUUGGCAAUUGAAACUGAACUAGUGAACAAAAUGGACUUCGAUGCCAUUAUAGAUGAUUUUGCGACUCAAAAGUCGCGCAGAAAGGCGAUGAGUACUAGACAUUAA